CAGUGGGGCUGGCGGGGCGUCCCCGCAUCCCGGCCCCCGUGAAGGCAGCGCUGCGGGGCGUCCCGGCGGUGCCAGCCCGGCUGUCCAGCCCCGGUAUCGGAUCCUCCCGGAGGGAGGGGGCUUGGAGCUUAUUUAACGUCUCCGGCCGGCCCAGCCCGGCACACUUGGCGCGGCGGGGAGCUCAGCCAGAGCCAUGGCGUCACAGCUGGAAGGGGCCAUGGAGACGCUCAUCAACGUCUUCCACCACUACUCGGGCAAAGAGGGGGACAAGUACAAGCUGAGCAAGAAGGAGCUGAAGGAGCUGCUGCAGAGCGAGCUGGGCUGCUUCCUGGAGACCCAGAAGGACACGGGUGCCGUGGAGAAGAUCAUGCAGGACCUGGAUGAGAACGGCGACGGGGAGGUGGACUUCCAAGAGUACGUGGUCCUGGUGGCCGCCCUCACCGUGGCCUGCAACACCUUCUUCUGGGAGAACGCCUGAGCCCAGCCGGCCCCAGCCCCGCAGCAGCCAGCCGCGGCACCCCAAAACGCAGAGCCCCCCCCCCCCCCACGCCACCCCUCCUCACCUCCCGCUCCCCAGCGCACCCAGGGGAUCCUGCGGGGAUCCAGCUCCGCAAUAAAGGCACCGACCCAGCCAG